UUCUUAACUUAGAGAGCAAUUUCCAAGGCGAGUUUUCCAGAGAAAAAUGAGUACCAAGGGCAAAGUUAUUAAAUGCAAAGCAGCCAUUGCCUGGGAAUUAGGCAAGCCCCUUUGCAUAGAAGAGGUUGAAGUAGCUCCCCCCAAGGCUCAUGAAGUUCGCAUUCAGAUAAUCGCCACUGCUGUAUGCCACACAGAUGCCCAUAUUAUCCAUCCUAAAAGUACAGAGUCUGUGUUCCCGGUGAUCCUUGGUCAUGAGGGUGCAGGAAUUGUGGAAAGCGUUGGGCCAGGAGUGACCAACUUCAAACCAGGUGACAAAGUAAUUCCACUCUACGUACCUCAAUGUAGAAAAUGCAAGUUCUGUCUGAGUCCACUCACAAAUAUUUGCGUGAAACUUGGUUCACUCGAAAAUCCUCUUUUGGGCCAAAAACUAAUGGAAGACAAAACAAGCAGAUUUACCUGCAAAGGCAAAUCAGUUUACCAUUUCCUAGGGACCAGCACCUUCUCUCAGUACACUGUAGUAUCAGAUGUUAAUCUUUCCAAAAUAGACGAUGAUGUAAAUUUAGAGAGAGUUUGUCUGCUUGGAUGUGGAUUUUCAACUGGCUACGGAGCUGCAAUCAACACUGCUAAGGUCACCCCUGGUUCUACUUGUGCCGUCUUUGGUCUGGGAAGUGUCGGUCUUUCGGCUCUAAUAGGUUGUAAAGUAGCAGGAGCUUCAAGAAUUAUAGCUAUUGACAUCAACAGUGAGAAGUUUACAAAGGCCAAAGGCCUUGGAGCCACUGACUGCCUCAAUCCUAGAGACCUACAAAAACCCAUCCAAGAGGUCAUUAUUGAAAUGACCAAUGGAGGUGUGGAUUUUGCCUUUGACUGUGUAGGUGGAUUUGAAGUCAUGAAAGCAGCCCUGGAAUGCACAACAGUAGGUUGGGGAUCAUGUACUCUCAUUGGAGUAGCCAUGCAGAACAAAGAACUGAUUCUUUCUCCAUUGGAGUUAAUUAUGGGCCGUACUAUCAAUGGAACAUUAUUUGGUGGUUGGAAAAGUGCGGAUUCUAUCCCAAAGCUGGUUACUGACUACAAGAAUAAGAAAUUCAAUCUAGAUGCUUUGGUAACCAGUACUUUGCCUUUUGACAAAAUCAAUGAGGCACUUGACCUAAUACUCCAAGGAAAAAGCAUUCGAACAAUUCUGACCUUUUGAAGAUGCCGGGUGAAAUUUGGAACACUAUCUGACUGAAUAUGAACCGGUUACUUUAUUACCUGAUAUGAUCAAGUAAUAUCAUAUUUGAAGAUGCCGGGUGAAAUUUGGAACACUAUCUGA